AUGGAGAUGAGGGGUUUCUGUUCCGCAGCGCUGCUCCUCAGCCUCACCUUCGCCUUAUUCUCCGCCCUUAUUGUCGUUCCAUCGACUGCCCUAGGAUUCACGUGCAGCAGCAGCACCACAACAUGCGAAUCACUGAUCGAUUACGUCUCACCCAACGACACAACUCUCGCCAACAUCGCCUCCCUCUUCAGUGUCACCAACUUCUACAACUUACUUGGUGCAAACUCCUACCCUCUCUCCACCUCUCCAAACCAGUCCUUCGCAGCCAAUAAUACCAUCAAGAUUCCCUUCCCUUGCAGUUGUUCCAACGGUACUGGAAUCUCCAAUAAGGUACCCGUUUACACUGUACAGCCAGGAGACAACUUGGAUCACAUAGCCGUAGAUGUGUACUCUAGGUUGGUGACGUACCAGGAAAUUGCUCAAGUCAACAACAUCGCCGACCCUAGCUUGAUCCAGUUAGGGCAGAAACUGUGGAUUCCGCUCCAGUGCAGCUGCGACAAAGUGGGUGGAAAUCAGGUCGUUCAUUAUGGAUACGUGGUCGCCAAUGGGAGCACCGUGUCUCAGAUCGCUGCGGAGUAUGGGACCGACGUAAACACAUUAUUGAGUCUCAAUGGAAUGUCCAGCGCCAAUCAACUCCUGGCCAACCAAGUGCUCGAUGUUCCUCUCAAAGUUUGCACAUCCUCAGUCAGCGGUAAGUCCCAGGACUACCCCUUACUUGUUGCUAAUGGAACUUAUACCUUGACUGCUUACAACUGCAUCAAGUGCUCCUGCCAGUCUUCUAACAAUUUCACGUUGCAAUGUGAGCCAUCCCAACUGGUUAAACCAUCCAAUAUUUCUCAAUGCCCUUCUAUGAAAUGCAAUGAUGGACUUCUUAUUGGAAAUACCUCAUCUUGUGUUACCUGUGCUUAUGCUGGAUACUACAAUACAACCAUACUCAGUACCCUCAACAACCUUAAUACCGGCACCUGUAGCGCGUUCUUUGGUAGAAUAUUUGAUUCACACCCUGUAAAUGCCCUUUCAUUUGAGAAAUAA